AUGAAGACACAAGAGGAAGCCGAACACAACGAGGUGUUGGAAUUGAAGAACGCUCGAGAUCAGAUGCGCAACCAGCUGGAUCGUAUGCAUUACGUCAAUGAAAACCUUCAGGAUUCUAGCCGCACAAUUGGGAAGACGAAGGAUGCCAUGCAGGAAUACGAUAGCAAACUGGCGAGCGCAGCCAAGGCACUAGGCCAAUUGAAAAGAAAGACCGAAGAGGAUUCCAGAUACAUUUGGUGGUCUUUCUACUUCUUCAUAGGGGUGGUUGCCUACAUUGUCUUGCGACGGCUUAAAGUCUUCAAGAUGAUCUACUAUGGUAUCUCCUUUGGGAUGUGGUCGACCGGCAGCGUGCUCGAAGCUGUGCAGUCCACCUCCAACGCUCUGUUUGGCGAGCCUCAGCCCGCUGAAACAGAGCGGUGA